UCCAGCGCUAGGUUACCCGUGGUCAAGAAUAGCAACAGUAGCAGCAGGAUGGGCCGCCUUCUUUCAACGCUGUACGUCACAUUCAGCUUCCUAGUAAGGGAAUUCAAAUAGAAUACAGCCCCAUCUUCCCGCAACACUGACAAGGUCAGCGACCAAGGACCACAUACCACAUUUGGGGAUAGACCGCGCCUAUAUUCGCAAAAGUAAACAGUGAGUGCUGAGAGCCAGCCGGGCCAGAGAUGCCACCCCCUGCCGCAGGCCCCCCAGCAGUGACCCCUCCGGACGGGGGCUGGGGCUGGGCCGUGGUGCUGGGAUCCUUCAUCUCUAUCGGCUUCUCCUACGCCUUCCCCAAGGCCAUCACCGUCUACUUCAAGGACAUCCAGAAGAUCUUCGACUGCUCCUACAGCCAGAUAGCAUGGAUCUCCUCCAUCAUGCUGGCCGUCAUGUACGCAGGAGGUCCCAUAAGCAGUGUACUGGUAAACACAUAUGGCUGCAGACCUGUCAUGAUCAUGGGGGGAGUACUGUCUUCUAUCGGGUUGAUAUCCGCUUCCUUCUGCAACAGUGUGGUGGAGCUUUAUGUUUGUAUCGGUCUUAUAGGAGGCCUGGGCCUAGCCUUUAACCUUCAGCCAGCACUGACUAUGAUUGGCAAGUACUUCUAUAAGAAGCGUCCCAUCGCUAACGGAAUAGCCAUGGCCGGUAGCCCAGUGUUCCUGAGCAGCCUAGCCCCUUUCAACCAGUACCUGUUCAACUCCUUCGGCUGGAGGGGCAGCUUCCUCAUCCUGGGGGGCAUACUGCUCAAUUGCUGUGUGGCUGGCGCCCUGAUGAGGCCCCUGGGGCCACCGCUGGGCAAGAUCAAGAAGGAUGAGGAGUUGGUCGUUGCCAAAACUGCCACCAAGAAGAAGGAGACGACCACUUGUUUGGGGACUGUCAACAAGUUCAUUGACCUGUCGCUUUUCAAGCACCGCGGUUUCCUCAUCUACCUGUCGGGCAACGUCAUCAUGUUCUUGGGCUUUUUUUCACCAAUAGUCUUCCUGACGGCCUACGCCAAGGACAUAGGCGUGGAUGAGUACUCGGCCGCCUUCCUGCUCUCCAUCCUGGCCUUCGUGGACAUGUUUGCCCGGCCCUCCAUGGGGCUCCUGGCCAACUCCAAGUGGAUCCGGCCCAGGAUCCAGUACUUCUUCAGCUUCGCCGUGCUCUACAACGGGGUGUGCCACAUCCUCUGCCCCCUGGUGGAGAGCUACACAGGCCUGGUGGUGUACGCCGUGUUCUUUGGCUUUGCCUUCGGCAUGGUCAGCUCGGUGCUGUUUGAGACCCUGAUGGACCUGGUGGGGGCUCAGAGGUUCUCCAGCGCCGUGGGACUCACCACCAUUGUGGAGUGCUGCCCUGUCCUCAUUGGUCCACCUCUGGCAGGUAAACUGGUGGACAUCACCAAAAACUACAAGUACAUGUAUUUUUGCUGUGGGGCUGUGGUGAUCAUGGCCAGCAUUUGGCUGUUCAUCGGCAACUUCAUCAACUACAGACUCCUGGCCAAGGAGCGCAAGCAGGAGGAGAUGUACAAACGGACUGAAACCGAGGACCCCGACCGGGACCAGGACCAAAAGGAGACAGACGGGGACGCCCAGGCCUUGGAGGACAUGGUAGACCCCAAAGAUGAGGACGCCAUGCAGAGGGAGACCAACAUCUAGAGCCCCUCCCUACUGCCAACCACACCCCCUUCACCACCACCUUCACGUCCCCCUCUGCCACUAUCAAACUGCAGACUGAGCUCAAGGGGGGUGCCUCCUGGUCUUUCCCUCUCCAGGGUUCCGCUCGGGGGCCUCCCCGCAGUGGCCCCUCUGUUUCCGAAACACUCAAACUGCCAGAGUAACAAUGACAACCAUGUCGUGGGAUACUGCGAGGCGUAUUGCUGGAGGAAGGGGUGACUGCCCUGACUACUACUCAGACAUCAGACUAGCCGGAGAUAAUGGUGUAAGAUACAGAACGCAUGUUAGGAGGCCACAAGGCUUGGAAUAUGAGAAAGAAGCUUUUGUCACGUAUCUAGGAAUCUGUGAAAUGCGACCUGUCGACAGAAAUCUAGUACUGCUCAUGUAUUUAGCAUGUGCCACUAAACCUACCACACCAGCAGCCCAAUUCAACUGUUCUGAUUGAAAUCAAUACAGGUUAAUAUCCUAGCUUCCUAUGCUGGGAGCUGACAUGCGAGGACACAUAAUGUCUGUUAGUACCAGGGUUAUGGUGAGAGAUAUCGUUGCAACACAGGAACAGAGAUGAGUUCAUGGUUUGGUGGCUCCAGUGACCAUGUAUUAUACUGUCCUUUAGCGCACUGUGUCAGUUGUGUUCGUUAGCUAAACCUGCACAACAGCCAAGCUUCUAAUCUAACGAUAACACACCCACUGUUUUAUUCACUAUUGCAUAUUGCACAUGGAGUCCGUAUACGCUGCACUACUUCUAAACUGGCCAUGUUUAGGCCUCGUCCAAAACAACAAUGAAACAAAUGCAAUUUAAUCAUAUUUAAUGAGGUUGGAUGUAAAUUCGUUUUAUUGGCUGUGUUUCCAAGGGCCUUAUUAAGAAUACUUGAUAUUCACAAUCAAUAUCAUCUAAAUGUGCAUAUUGUUGGUUUAUACCAAAUAAAGAAUCCAUGAGCAAUAUAACCUAUUCCUAGCCAUUGUAUUGAUGUACGUAUAUACAGGGAUAUUCAUUUUUGUAGUCAAUGGUCAUUUCUGGGAGUAGCUGUUUAACUUACACCAAUGAUACAUUGCCUUACGUAAAGAAUGCAACUAAGUUGUGUCAAAUAUACAGUACCAGUCAAAAGUUUGGACACACCUACUCAUUCAAGUGUUUUUCUUUAUUUUCUACAUUGUAGAAUAAUAGUGAAGACAUCAAAACUAUGAAAUAACACAUAUGGAAUCAUGUAGUAACCAAAAAAGGGUUAAACAAAUCAAAAUAUAUUUUAUAUUUGAGAUUCUUCAAAGUAGCCACCCUUUGCUUUGAUGACAGGUUUUCACACUCUUGGCAUUCUCUCAACCAGCUUCACCUGGAAUGCUUUUCCAACAGCCUUGAAAGAGUUUCCACAUAUGCUGAGCACUUGUUGGCUGCUUUUCCUUCCCUCUGCUGUCCAACCAUCCCAAACCAUCUCAUUCGGGUUGAGGUCGGGUGUGGAGGCCAGGUCAUCUGAUGCAGCAUCUCAUCACUCUCCUUCUGGUUCAAAUAGGUCUUACACAGCCUGGAGUUGUGCUGGGUCAUUGUCCUGUUGAAAACAAAUUAUAGUCCCACUAAGCGCAAACCAGAUGUGAUGGCGUAUCGCUGCAGAAUGCUGUGGUAGCCAUGCUGGUUAAAUGUGCCUUGAACUCUAAAUAAAUCACUCACAGUGUCACCAGAAAAGCCUACUCUGCAUCUCACAAAGACACAGUGGUUGGAACCAAAAAUCUCAAAUUUGGACUCAUCAGAUCAAAGGACAGAUUUCCACCGGUCUGAUGUCCAUUGCUCGUGUUUCUUGGCCCAAGCAAGUGUCUUCUUCUUAUUGGUGUCCUUUAGUAGUGGUUUCUUUGCAGCAAUUUGGCCUGAUUUACGCAGUCUUCUCUGAACAGUUGAUGUUGAGAUGUGUCUGUUUCUUGAACUGAAACAUUUAUUUGGGCUGCAAUUUCUGAGGCUGGUAACUCUUAUCCUCUGCAGCAGAGGUAACUCUGGGUCUUCCUUUCCUGUGGCGGUCCUCAUGAGAGACAUUUUAAUCAUAGCGCUUGAUGGUUUUUGUGACUGCACUUGAAGAAACGUUCAAAGUUCUUGACAUUUUCUGAAUUGACUGACCUUCAUGUCUUAAAAUAAUGAUGGAUUGUCGUUUCUCUUUGCCUAUUUCCGUUGUUCUUGACAUAAUAUGAACUCAGUAUUUUACCAAAUAGGGCUAUCUUCUGUAUACCACCCCUACCUUGUGACAACACAACUGAAUGGCUCAAAAGCAUUAAGAAGGAAAGAAAUUCCACAAAUGAACUUUUAACAAGACACACCUGUUAAUUGAAAUGCAUUAUAGGAUACUACCGCAUGAAGCUGGUAGAGAGAAUGUCAAGAGUGUGCAAAGCUGUCAUCAAGGCAAAGGUUGGCUACU